AUUAGAUCAUUCUUGUGAUCAAAUCCAUGCUUCGUAUGCUUAUAGAAUGAGUACAGCUCAACACUGAAAUAUAUAUGCAUACCUAAGCAUAUGUGUAUGUUUGUGUGUGUUGAUUGGUAUGUGCUUUAGAUAGUUUCAUAUCUGAGUGCUACUCAGCAGUUAAUCAGUUAUUGGAGAAUAUUUCGUAUGAGUAUUUGCUUCACUCAGUUUGCGCGAGUACUGUUUCCAACUCUGUGUCAACUAUGGAACCCUUCGUAAAUAUAUUUUUCGCUAUAGAUGAACAACAAAAUGAAACUAUCACAAGAGAUGAAUUAAGACGUUAUGUGAAACAGCAUCGUUUAGAUGAAGGCAUGAUAUCGAGAUGGCAAACUCUAUUCGAUCCUGGAAACACUGGUAUAAUAACUUUUCAAAAGUUCUGUGAUGUACUUGGCGUGAAACCUGAAACAGCACGUAACCUACGCAAAAGUGUAGUCAAUAAGAAACCACUCCCUCCAGAUUUACAAAUCGUUUCACAAAAUAUGUCCAUUGAAGAUCAAUACCAGAUAUUCGAUCAAGUUCGACAAAUGCUGGACAGUAAAAUGUCAGAACAAGAUUUAUCCAGAGCAUUAAAACAAUGGCUUGAUAAAACAUUUGAUCCUUCAUGGCAUGUUGUUAUAGUCGAUGGGUCCUAUUGGAUUUCAUAUUCACAUCUACCGGAGCAUUCAUUACAAUUUCGACUAGGUCAGAAGUGUUAUUUAUUAUGGAAAACACCAAAACACUGAAGUGAUGAGAUGAAAAUUUAUUUUAAAAAAAGAAAGAAAGUGUAUAGUUAUUCAGAUUGUACACCUGAAAUCCAGUUUUUUUUAAUCUGUUUUUCUCCAAUGACAAUUGACUACUUCUCAUAUAAUCCAGAAAUGUCAGAUAAACUUCCAAUAAACUUGCUGUUUAAUUCCAAAAAAUAUUUGUACUUUAUUCAGCUGUCAAUGUAAUCACUCAUUUAUUUAUUUAUUUAUUAAUCUAUUUUGUUAGUUUGCAGCUUUUGUAUUUGUUUAAAAUUGAAAUGACGAUACUAGCUGUUGGCAUUAUUUAAAUGAAGUCCACUUUAAGCCCA